UGGUCGUCUCAAUGAGCGGCGGACAUUUGUCUUCGUACGUGAAGUCGCCAAUACGGGGAGCGGAGAACGACGACCAUGACGAUGCUUGUCCUCACCACUCCGACGGCGCGUGGACCUUUAUCCGGCCGAAAAUGCGCCGCCUCUACUUCCUCUCCCCUCAAAUUCAUCACCAAACCCGAUUCCGAUUUCUGCUCUUCUCGGGUCUCGGAUUCAUGCCCCGGCCUCGUCAAGCCUCCCCGGCGGCGCGUGGUCCUCACGCUCGCUAAAGCCGAUGGGAGCGUUAAUUCAAAACCCUCUACCUCCGUCUCUCCUCCCUCGCAGUCCCCGUUCGCUGGAGACGAGACCAUUUUCGUGGGUCAGGAGAAUGUUCCUCUCGAGGGCGUCAUCCAGUUUGACAAACCUAGUUCUUCGUCUUCUGUGAUCAGCAAAUGGGGUCGCGUGGCGCUACUUGCCGGUGGGGACGUGUUGGCUCUGCUUCUCUUCUCUGCAAUUGGGAGAUUCAACCAUGGACUCCCCCUGUUUAGCUUCGACAUUCUGCACACAGCUGAUCCUUUCAUCGCCGGAUGGUUCCUAAGUGCGUAUUUCUUGGGGGGUUAUGCCGAGGACGGGCGAGGGAUGAAGGGUCGGUCUAAGGCUGUUAUUGCCGCCGCAAAAUCUUGGAUUGCUGGAGUUCCGCUCGGCUUGGUCAUUAGGUCAGCUACUUCAGGGCAUAUUCCCCCUUCUAGCUUUAUCUUAGUGACAAUGGGAAGUACCGCUGUCUUGCUUAUCGGAUGGAGAGCACUAUUAUUCAGUGUUCUCCCUAAUGAGUCGAAGAAGAAGGAUGAUACGUAUAGACGAGGAAACCCAUUUGAACUUUUCGAGCUACUCACCUCAUUAAUACGAAGGUGGUGAGGGAGCCUCAAUCAAUGUUUGACCUUUCCAUCAACAGAUCAGUGUAUGUACUUUCCUUUGGCAGAGCUGUAAACAGGUUGUACAAGUUGUUGAAUAGAUUUUUGUUGAUAGGAAAAAUGGCCUCGGUAUAUCAUCGGCUAUACGACUCUAUAUUCAUCAUAGCGAUGCUCGAAUCGAUA